CUCAGGUGUCAUGGCCAAGAUCUUUAUAAAAGGGCAUGCCUUAAACAGCGAGCAGACUCCUGGAGCCCAGCAGUAACCUCAGCUGAGCUUUCUAAUGCCCCAUACUGACUCAGAGACACGCUGACACAUCCAGCCAUGCGAUUCAUUGUGCUCUUCUUCCUCGUGCUCCUGGGGUUCCUCUACCUCAGCUUGGCACAAGGUUCAUAUGAGGACUGCUGUCUGCGCCAUGUAAACAGCGUGAAAAAGCACACCCUGAAAAAUGUGGUUAACUACAGAAAACAGGAGCUGGAUGGUGGCUGUAACAUUGCGGCCAUAGUGUUCAAGACGAAGCGAGGACGAUUUUUCUGUGCUAAUCCCAGCAACACAUGGGUGAAGAUGCUGAUGGAAAAGGUGGACAGAGAAAAUGUCCACAGAAAGAAAUCCUCCAAGAACAAGCGUUCCAGCUAAAUGUUUGGCUGUGAGAACCUAUGAGGUAGAUGCCAGCGUCUACAAGGUUUCUGCCUUGAGUGCUGUGGUUCCACUCACUGUCUCGGACUCAGCUUUGGUGUACUGGCUACCCAGCAUGGACUUUUUUAGUACUCUCUGUAUUUUGCCCAAAGCAUAAGCUGCUAACAACACUCCAUUCUUUUCCUAAAUACUGCCACAGCCCGUUGCCUAUGGCUCAAUGUGCAUAAAUCUGGCCAUGCAUACAGGAGUAAGAAGGGCUGCAUGUUUAAGCUAUUUAGUGAUGAAUUAUGUCUAUAAACGUUCACUUUUUUAUGGCUAGCAGCUUUGCUGGAGCUGAUAACAAUGUAAUUCACAUGUGGGUGGAAUGGUUUUGCAAUCCCAUCAAAUACUUCAACUGUUUCCUUAUGAGAUUUACUGUAAUGACAGUGUAUCUCACUGAGAGUGACCUUUGAGCUUGUAGGUAAUGUGUAUAAAUGUCUCCUUUUUGAUGUUCAUUUCAUGUCUUUAAUUACUUUAAAUGUUACUCUAGUAAGAAUGAAUGGUUUGUGUCAUUUUUAGAGUUAUAUUUUAAAGUAGCUUCUUAUUUGAAACAAAUUGUUAUUUUGUACCCUUAUCUUGCUCUGUUCAUCUGACUGUUUUAGAGGUUGUCCAUGUUUUGAAAGAAAAUGAUAGUGACUUUUAGCAGUUUAGAUAUUAUAAAAGUCACUUUGUUCAUUUUAUUGCGACAAUAAGCCUGUAAAUGUUUGACUAUUGCAAUUCUGAGUCACUUGGAGUGGGAGUGUCCUUUCUUACUAUAAUUACUACUUUCAGAUAAAGUAUUUUUAUAUUGCCAGUCAAUAUUUGUGUUCAUACAUAACUAAUAAAAAGGUGAGUUUCCUCUUCCAAUGAAAAAUUCA